UAUCAUGGCCUGGUUAGAACUUUGCUCCUUCCUUUGCAACAAUGGCCGUACACAGGAAAAUCAGCCCUUUCUGGGGAAAAAACCCUGGCUAUUUCUGGGUGCAAAACCUCACUGAUGUCCCUGCCCCAGCACAGGCUGCUGGGAGAGACGCAGCCCUGGGAAAAGCCACCUCCACCCCCUCCCAUCCAGGAACGGGGAGGGUGAUGGUUUCGCAUCACUGCUUUAGCACUGGCAGUUCAUUUUAAGACUCUGGGCUUGUUGAUCUGGCUGAGUUCUGGAUGAGGAAUCUGAGCUCACAACGAGGGAGGUGGAGCCUUAAACCGUUUCCCGGAAUUCUGGAUCCUGGAAACGAACAAAGGUUGGAGAUGCUCCGGACGCAGAUGGGGUUCCCCAGGAGCCCAUGGGGCCUCCUCAGUCCUUUCCUGACUCUCCACCUCCUCCGGUUGGGAUCAGCGGACUUCAGAGUGGUGGGACCAAGGCAACCUCUCCUUGCCACCGUGGGGCAGGACAUCGUGCUGCCCUGUCACUUGUCACCACACAUGGAUGCUUGAAGCUUGGAGAUCAGGUGGAUCCGGCACCAACUCUCUGAAACGGUGCACCUCUACCGAAAUGGAGAGGACCUGGAUGGUGAGCAGAUGGAGGAAUAUAAUGGAAGCUGGAAGGGAGAUGGGAAUGUGUCGUGUGUGGUGAGGAACAGCCGCCUGGAUCAGGAGCAGGCGUCGUCCCUGCACAUCUCAGCUCCCUUUUUCCACAAUGCCCGUCCCUGGAUGGCAGCUCUGGGUGUCUUCCUCGUGCUUUCAGUGGUGUCCGCUGCCCUCAGUGCUUACCUCUUCCGAAGGAAAGUGGUGCAGUCCCGAGCGCUGGGGAAACGAGAUGCAGAACUGGAGCAACGGGAUGCAGAACUGGAGGAACAAGCUGCACUGUUGGCUUGGAGAAAGUUUCUGCUUCCUGAAAAUCCAGACGUGGUGACCCUGGAUCCAAACACGGCUCAUUCUGAACUUGUUCUGUCAGAGGAUUUGAGAAGUGUGAAACGUGGACCCACGCGGCAGAACCUGCCUGACACCCCCGAGAGAUUUAGUUCUAGGCCCUGUGUGCUGGGCCAGGAGAGGUUCCGGGAGGGGAGGCACUGCUGGGAGGUGGAGGUGAAGGGGGAGGUGGGAGGUGAUGCAUGGUGGGGUGUUGGAGUGGCCAAGGAGUCCGUGGAGAGGAAGGGGACAAUGUUCCCGAGUCCUGCAGUAGGUGUCUGGGCGGUGUGGCACUUUUUUGGGAAGUUUGAGGCUCUCACCUCUUCUCGCACAGCCCUUUCCAAAUCCCUGGUCCCCAGGAGGAUCUGGGUCUGUCUGGACUGCACACGGGGGCUGGUGACUUUCCUCAACACCGACACCGGGGGCCAGAUAUUCAGUUUCCCACCAACCUCAUUCCAUGGGGAGACCCUGCGGCCCUGGUUUUGGGUGGGAACAGAGGAAACCCAGCUGUGCCUCAGGGGCAGCACCCCCGAGACAUUCAGCCCCACUUCCAUCCCCACCACUGGCUCCAGCAGACCCUGUCCUUUUCCAGAGACUCCCUGUGCUCCUCUCCUGGACCCUGCAGGAGAUGUCCCUUCCUGCCCUGCCCCAGCCCAGGGAGCAAAUGGGGAGUGAGGUGCAGGGGACAGGGGCUGCUGUGGGGUCCUUCAUGGCUCUGGAAGGAUCCAAGCAGGGAAGGGGUGUCAUAAUUUCAGCUUUGGUGGAGUUAAUUUUCUUUCUAGUAUCAGCUCCGUUUAGGAUUUAGUGUGAGAAUGACGUUGGUCACACAUGAGUAUAUACGUGGCUGAGAAAUGCAAACAUCAGUCCAAGGGCUUUUCCGGCUUCCCCUCGCAGCCGAGAGGGAGCACGUCCAGGACAAGGAGGCCAAAGGGAUAUUCCACCCCACAGAUGUCCUUCUCAGGAUCAAAAUGGAGGCUGCUGGGGGGCUGGGGCCCUCCAUCGCUGGUGGGGAUAGAAUUGGCAACCAGUCCACAGGUCCUGAGGGCAACUGGUGUUGUAUCACUUUAUUUGGUAUACUUAUUUUUUUUUUACAAUUAAAAAUGUUAUUUUCCUCUAUCA